AUGAUCUACUUAAUUGAAAGGAUACCCACCUUACGAUGUGGCCGAUCUCGAUUGUCAAGACUGAACCAUGUAUAUAUACCUCCAAACACCAAUCACAGGCCUCUGAAGUUCUACAGUGGAUCCACUAAUGAACCAUCAGAGAUAAAAUGGUUUCAGCAGGAUCUACCGUCUUUGCUGGUGCAUGAGAUCCAAGUUCCAAAAGAGUUGCUUAAAUUGAAACCCAACGCUGUAAAUAAAUCACUCAAGUCGAAAAACACCGCUAGAUCCAUUGCCACACCAGAUUACACCUACAGUCGAGAGCUCUUGAGAAGACUUUAUCGAGAUGUGGAAGAAAAUUACGGAUAUUACGCCGAAAUGCUACUGGAGAAAUUCAAGAAGAACAAAAUGAUAAUACCAACUGAAGAGGUAAUCCCGUUAAUCAAGUAUCUCUACGACCUUGGACUGUUGAAGCCUGCCUAUAACGUCUUCAGGUGGCAUUAUAGAUUAUUCCCAUUGGACGCAUUUUCCAUCAAGAACAAAGAUCUCAUUGUCAUCUUGUAUUUAUGCUACAGGGUGAACAAAUUUAGCAUGUUCGAUGAAGUCGCUUCAAAAUAUUUGAAACGCAUUAAUGAUUUGAACCCCAUACUUAAUAUGCUUGUACAUGUCUAUCUGUCAUUGGAUAAUUAUCCCCUAGUUAAACAGAUUUUUUAUCAAUUUGUCCAAAACAAUUUAACUACCAAUUCUAACAAAGGUAUUGCGCAAUCGCUAGAAUACUACAUAUCACAGUUGAUCCAUUAUAAAACUCCCAUUCAUUCCAUCCUUUUUGCAUUUGGCCUAUGGAACACCCAUAACUUGCCAAUAACUAUCAAAACGUAUUCCAUGAUAUAUUCUGCCCUUUGCAGAGAAGGAAAUCAAGCUGAAAUUCUCAACUAUUCUCGACUCUUAAAGGAGAGACAAAUUUUUGACCAUGUUCAGUUCAGAUCCAACAUAUUUAUCAGAGAGACACGGAAAUCUAACGCUACAUACUUUGAAAUCAAGUCCAAAUUCCAGAAUAAAGUUGCGGCAUAUCUUGCAGAGUUUCAAAACUUACCCCAGACUGAGGACAAAGACUCUCUGAUAAUCAGUUUUCAGAAAAGAGUCAUAAAAACCAUGGUCGAACUGAAGUGCAAGAAAAGAGACAUAAUUCACAUCAAUAAUGAGCUCUUCAAAGAUUAUCAAGACAAAGUGAAAUAUUCAAAUGAAAUGUACAUUACUAAAUUAUACAGUGAUCAAGGUUCUACAUCGAGUAUCAUGUCUCAAAUCAAGUAUCUUAAGAGCAACAACAUACCCUUUGACAACUAUUAUAUCUUUCUGUUUUGGCGGGCAUUCUUGCACAAGUAUCCUUAUCGAUACAAGAGUACGUCAUACAGAGUUUCUGCUUUAUUGAAAAGUUUGAGAGACCAUUACCCAACAGGUACAUCGCACCAGCAAAUGCUCCACCUUAUUCGUUCCAAGUGCAUUGACCUCGACGACAAGGAGUGGUUUAAAGAUACAGAACAACAGCUCUUCAAAGAGCUUGCUACCAUCAUUCGUUCAACAUUUUUCACACAUCAAUCUUUCAUGGAAACUUACACAUUGGAAGACAUAAAGAGACUAGAACAAUCUGGCAACAUUCAGCUGCUCUUAUCACAUGUCAAUAAAAACUCGAUUGAUCUUUCAAGUUCAAUGCUCAUCAAGCUGCUAAAUUAUCAGUUAGAAAGACUAUUAAAGGCAACACCGAAUAGCAGAAUAUUUGAAUCCAGAGCCGCCACCAAAGUAGAUGAAUUUGUUGACGUAUAUCGUUCCAAGUUAAAAGGGCAAGACUACGCCUAUCUUGCAUUUCUGUCUGUCAAGUUCCGGUUAUUCUCCAUGACUGAACCAUUUGUCAAUGAAUGCCUCUCGCUAGAAGAGGAAUCCGGCAACUCGUUUGUGAAAUUGUACAACUACAUCUCCCUAAUGGAUUGCUAUUUUUUCCAAAAUGACCUGGUCAAAAUUAAUCAAAUCAUAGAUACGUUACAAACCGACCCCAUUCUCUUACGUCCAGUCUUCAUCAAUAGACUUCAUUACUGGACAAAGUUUCUGCCAUUUCUAAGAUUCCCAGACGAGGAUUCCAAGGCCAAGUUCAAGGCUAAAUGGGAUCAGUUCAACUCCCAUUGCAAAAAAAGACUCAACAAAGACAAAAAGAAAUAUUUUAUAUCGCUGGAUAGAGGAUUGCAAAUGCUUCACGACUGGUGUUUGCAGGUCUAUCCAUCACAAAAACCCAAAACUGACUCUACUCAAGACAAAGACGUAACGACCCUGAAAGAUAAACAGUAG